GAGGGACCGAGCGGGAGGAGGCGGAGGCGGAGGAGGAGGAGGAGAAGCGGACAGGCGAGCCAGGCGGGGAGCUGCGCUUUUGCGCCAAGGCGCCAAGAGAACGAGCCGGUCAGAGGCGAAUCGCAAAGGUGACAGCAGCUCCUAAGCCCACGAGCUGCGGAGGGACAGACGGACUUCCAGCCAUUGUCCUCCUGCAGCCCAGACGGCGGAGGGUCACCCACGGCAGCCCCUCUCCCGCCACCCCCCGCCGGGACCCCGCCAGCCACGCUGCUCGCUUGCCUGGAUGGUCCUUGCUUGGAGGGCAAACCGAGGCUGGUGCGCGGAGGCUGGAGGGCGAGGAGGAGCGCUCUCUCCGGCCCUGGAGGAAUGAAAGGCGCCUUCUAACCCAGCCCAGCCUACCCCCGAGUCGCGCUGCCGCCGGCUGGGCGCUGCUGCUUUCCUCGGUCGCUUUGGAGAGGGGCCAUUCGGAAAGGUGGGCAGGAGAAGAGAAUUCACCAUGGCCUUGGCAGACCAUGCAAGUUGUGCCAAACCCAGCGAUGACAUGGUUUUCCCAGAGAUCAUAGAGCUGAAUGUGGGAGGUCAGGUCUAUAUCACCCGCCACAACACCCUGAUCAGUAUUCCAGGAUCACUGCUCUGGGAAAUGUUCACACAGAAGAAUACCCGUUCCUUAGCCCGGGACAGCAAGGGCAGGUUCUUUGUGGAUCGCGACGGCUUCCUUUUCCGCUACAUCUUGGACUACAUGAGAGACCAGCAACUUGUUCUUCCUGAGCACUUUCCAGAGCGAGGCCGUUUGCAGCGAGAAGCAGAGUACUUCAAAUUGCCAGAGCUCGUCAAGAGCCUUGCCCCAAAGCUUAGCAAGCAGAACUCCAUUGGAGACGAUCCCUGCCAAAGUGACCCAGAGGAGCUGUCCCCUAGUAUGGACACUGCCCGCAACCUGGCUGCUGCCAGUGCUAUCCUGGCAGGCAGCUCCAUCACUGCUGGCGGCGGCACCGCGCAAGAUAUCAGGAGAUCAGGCUUCAUCACCAUUGGCUACCGGGGCUCCUACACUCUUGGCAGAGACAGCCAAACAGAUGCCAAAUUCCGCAGGGUGGCCAGGAUCAUGGUGUGUGGUAAGACCUCCCUGGCCAAGGAAGUCUUUGGGGAGACACUGAAUGAGAGCAGGGACCCUGACCGGCCCCCAGAACGCUACACCUCCAGGUACUACCUCAAAUUCACCUUCCUGGAACAAGCCUUUGACAAACUGGCUGACUCUGGCUUCCACAUGGUGGCCUGCAACUCCACGGGGACCUGCGCCUUUGCCCACGAACAGACAGACGACAAGAUCUGGACCUCUUACACCGAAUAUGUUUUCUACCGUGAGUGAUGCUUAAACCAAAACCAAACCAAAUUGCACCAAAAGCCAAUUCUCCCUUGGUCCUUCCCAUGUCGCCAUUUCUUUAGCACGUAGAUAACCAUCAGACCCUUGAACCUUGAAUCUUCUCUCCUUCCUCACUUUCCAAACCGAACCCUCUUUGGCUCCUCCCCGAACUGGUUCCCGAGUAUUGCCGAACCUUCUUUCCAGCAAUAGCCGACAGUAGCUAGCAACAUCCCCCGGAUUAUGGACUUGGACGCUGUUGUGUGGGGGGAAUUGUCUUUGUAUAUGGGGUGGGUUUGGGUUGGGUAAUCUGCCAGUAUUAACCAGUAAUGCAGCAUUUCACGGGGUGCCGCUGGAAUGAGACUUCUUUCCAUGCUAUGGGCAUGCUCCUUGCUCUUUGCUCUGCCUGUGCUGGAGGAAUAUGCUUAUACUUGCACUAAAGGAACGUGGCAGGGAUCCUGGUCUGAAGGGUCUCGUUCUGGCGGAGGGAUGAAAAGUGCAAAGGAAUCCUCCCUGCCACAGACAUAUUAACAAUAGCCUCUGUAAGCAGCUUAGCAUUUAGAUGGCCAGUGCUUUGAAAGGUGAGUGAGCAAGUAUGUGUCCCAUGUCACUGCAUCCCUCACUAGACAUGUUGCUGUUGCUUAGAGAGCUGAACAGGCCACAAGGGGGUCUGGGAAACCAGGUUUCUGUCAAACACUUCUGGAGAUGUGCCUGGGAGAUUAGAAGUAGCCCAGAGCCCUUCCCUCACCUGUCUCCUCUCCCUCUCCCUUCCCCUCCGUUGGUCACCUUCCUUUCAGCUGCAGCAAAUACAUUUCUGAGAAUCCCAGCUUGGGAAAAGUGGUGGUGGCAGACAGGGAAAGGUGAUGGGCCCUUCCCUUCUUCUCCCUCCCAGUUGUUGUUUAGAAGAGAUGCAGGCUUCCCAGCUGCUGCCAGAUGUCUACUGUGGCUCUGAUUAACUGUUGUUCUCAGACAGAUGUAGUAAGAUGGGUUUGCGGGUGGGCACUGAUGUGCAUUCAUAAAAUUCCAAACACACACCAAGUGUAUAUAUAUGCACCAGGUGGGCUAGGGUGGGAUGGGACCGGAGGUCUCAGUGAGAGUCUCACACAGAAGAUGUAAUGGUAGUUCCUUAGGAAAGUUCCCCGUCCAGUUUGUCAUUGUCUUUCCUUCACUUAGAAUAGGAAGAAAAGGCCAUAGCGACGCAGAAUAAUAUCCUGGCUUGUCGAAGGAUUUUUGCAGUGAGCGGUGGCCUGAUAUGCCAAAAGCAAUGGGUUCUUUUAUUCACAGUUGCAAAAGGAAAGAAAGAAAAGCACAGGAACCAAACAUCCAACUUGGGUGGUAACAUAUGCAGAGCCUCUUUUCAAAUAUAUAGCACAGCACUGAGUGUUUGUGGGCCUUGGGGGAGGGGUGCUGCCUGGUUGGCUGGCUGGCGCUUUAGCAGGCCUGGGACUAUGUGUAAUAAAGGAACAAAAGAGA